CCCGCAGCCCCCCGGGACCCCCGGGGUCACCGCCCGUCCCCAGGGGUCACUCGGGGGGUCACGGCCCCGUUCCCAGGGGUCACGCCGGGGGUCACACCGGGGCUCGCGGCCCCCGCUGUCCACGGGGGUCCCGCGGCGACGCCCCCGCCGCGCUUCCGCCGCCCCCGGCGCUUCCCGCGGGUCCCGAGGCGGCGGCGCCGGGCGGGACGGGAGGGGAACGGGGCCCGGGGACGGUUCGGGCUCGGGGUGGGCUCUGAGUCCCUGCGGGUGCGACCCCCGCGCAGACAUGAGCCCCAAAAGCUGCCUGGGCUGCACCAAGUGCUUCCUCUUUCUUCUCAACCUCUUCUUCUUCUUCCUGGGCAUCCUCCUCCUCGCCUUCAGCUUUUGGGUCCUGUUCGACCGGCAGAGCUUCGCCGCCGUGCUGGGGUCGCCGCUGGUCAGCCUGAGGCUCUGCUCUUACGGCUUCUCGGGGGUCGGCAUGGCCACCAUGCUCCUGGGCUUCCUGGGGUGCCUGGGGGCCCUCAAGGAGGUCAAGGCCAUGCUGGGGCUGUAUUUUGGGCUGCUGCUGCUGCUCUUCGCUGCCCAGGUCACGGUGGCCGUCAUCGUCUACACGCAGCGCGCCACUCUGGCUACAAAGGUGGCCACCUACGCAGAGGAGCUGAUCCGGGGCUACCCGGCCCAGGGACCACCUGGGGACCCCCACGAGAGCUGGGAUGCUGUCCAGCAGCAGCUCGGCUGCUGUGGCUGGAAGGGACCCCAGGACUGGGACCAGCACGAUGACACCACCAGGGACAGGGACAGGACCAUCGCCUGCUCCUGCCUCAGGGCACCCAACAGCACCCACAAUCGCCCGUGGGUGCUCCCCCACGGCCGCUGCACCACGGCUGCCCCCCAGGACAUCUUCCCCAGGGGCUGCAAGGAGAGAGUCCAGAGCUGGCUGGCCGGAAACCUGGUCACCAUCGUGGGGGUUUGCAUCGGCAUCGGCCUGGGGGAGCUCUCCCUGCUGAUGCUGUCGAUGUUCCUGCUCCGGAACCUGGACUCCCGCUACGAGAAGCUGCUGCGGGGGCUCUGAGGGGGCCGGGGCGGUGUGGGGGAAGCACGGAGGGCUUUGUCCUUCAAUAAAAGCUGUUGGAAAGCAG